AUGAAUGGGGUUGUCCAAGGGUUCGUGGCCGCCCUCAAUCUGGUACUCCAGUACGUUCAGGAGUAUGUCAGCAUUCUGGGAGACCCCGCAAGCGCCGUCUUCGGGGCGUUCUCCGAAGUCAUCGGAGACGCAGUGAGUGUACGACGCAUUGCGCAGAGCAUGCAUAUCUCGGAGUCGCGGCCGGAAGAGGAAACACGCGAGAGAACACGCGAGGAAAGGGUCCUGUGGGUUUCCGUCCUCGCAGGUCAGCUCAAAUUCAACAAAGAGACGAACUGGAAAUCCGUUGCCGAGGACAUCCUCAGUCCACCCAUGUCGCCGGCGAUGACCACGGACACCCAGCAUCCUCGACCGCAGCAAGCCCAGGAUCUCAUCGCUACCACCCCUUCUCCCUCUCCUCCCAUUGACAGAAGGAUCUCUGAUGAGAUCAAACCCUCCGAGAAAUUCCUACCCACUCCUACCGUCAGCACCGACAAUACCACGGCCCGGCAAUCAAAGGCCACGGAACUUGACAAGGCCAUCGCCGUCCUCCUUGUCGCGCGAGGCAAGUUCUCCAUGGGCAUCUUGAUCCCAGUCAUCCUCAUGCUUGCCGCGACCGCCGCCGCCUUCUACGACGCUUACUCGAGGCUGGGAGAUCGAGACACAUCCCUCGCCCUCGCAUACUGCGUCUGGUACUCCUGGCUGCUAAUCCUUGGCGUCUGGGGCAACUGCUAUGCGGCGGCAAUGAACUCAGACCUUGCUCGCAGGGCCUUCUCCGAGAUUGUCCACUUUGGUAACGAGCGGGCCGUCACAGUCUCGCUGCGGGACCGCUAUGUCAACAGCCAGUUCUGGGACAACUGGGCCAAGAAGAUGAGUGGAAGACGAGAGUCAUUCAACAGUGACAAAACACAGUCUGACAUGGACAACAACCCUUUGACCUGGAAAAGCUGGCUUCACUUUUGCAUCGGGCAAUUCCUAGGCUGGUGCUGCGUGGGCGUCCCUUCGGGUGCUGCAGCGGCCAUUGCCUGGAACACUCCGACCAUCGGUCUCGGGUGCAGAGCCUUCAACGUCUUGCUCUACGGCGUGUUAUCGUUUGCCGUUGCGUAUCUCAACGUUUUGCGGUCCUGGCUUGUGCUUCGAGACAAGGUCAAGAAACCAGAGCAUUCCGAAAAGGGGUACCGACAGGCGUCCACGCAUUACGUCAGCCAUAUUUACUGGCUUCUGACAUUUCUCAAUUCCAUGGUCAUGGUCCUUGGCACCAUCUUCCAUCUGAUUGGCGUUUUCCGCACUUGCUGGUGUGACCGACUGGUCUGGACUGACGACACCCGGAUCGAGUUGAACAAUAGGACCCACGAGUCCCUGGACCAUGCAAAGCGCUACUGGCUUUCGACUGCCUAUGUUUCCUUCAGCAUCGUGUCCUUGAUUUCACUUGUGGGAAUUGUGUUGCGGCACAAUAUCGCCCAGACGAUGGGCGAUUGGAUCGAUCGUUGCAACCGUGAUGAACAGAGGCGAAGGGAGGAGGCUGACAGGCUUACACAAAUCACACGACUGACGUCUGGUGGGGCCCAAAUCGGAUGA